AUGGGCUUCGUGGCAGGGUUCGACUCAGAUCUCGAAUGGAAUCUUCGCUCGGUGCCGCAGGAGCGCGCUUUCGGAGGUGAUACGGUCAGCCAUGCGACGAAUAGUGGCAAGCCACGAAAUUACCCGUUGCGGGAGAAGAGUCGCAGAUUUCACGAGUUCCUCGGUCGCAAGCAGGCAGACGAUAUGAAUAGUGGACAGCAGCUGGGGUAUUCGGAGGCUUUCAGUUCCUCCUAUGCAGGACUGAGGAGCUUUGCGAGUAGCUACCCUUUGGGGAGCAAUGUCACUCUCUGGACGAAAGCAACGGUGGAGAGACUCAUCAUGGCCGGAAGGACUGCGGAAGGCGUCGCCGUUGCGCGAGCAGUGGGAGAUCAGAUUGAGCGUGUCCAGGUCAGGGCUCGAAAGGAGGUGAUUCUGUCGGCAGGAGCAUAUGGAUCACCCAAAAUACUUUUACUAAGCGGCAUCGGCCCAGCAGCAGAACUGAAGCGACAUAACAUUACCCCGGUCGCAGACCUCCCCGUGGGGAAGAACUAUGCUGACCAUCCGCAUAUAUUCACCUACUGGACAAUCGACGAGUGUAAUGCCACCCUAGGUGACGGGGAGAUGGAAACCGAUCAAGUCCAUUGGCUAGCGGGUUUGCCAUACGAUUGGAUGUCCUUUGCGCCUGCAGACACGAAAACGCAAGAGAUAGCCAAGAAAAUACUGAGCCCAACUGAGCGAAGUCGGUACUUGGCUGACGGGAAGAUGCAACUCGAAAAUUUUAUCGUCUACACCGCCGUCGACACGUCCGCUCGCAAGAAACCCCUCGAAGGCUGGCCCGGUAAGCGCGUCAUCAGCCUCAUGCACGUUCUCGUCGACUCAGUGUCACGGGGUACUCUCACGCUGCGCUCAUCUGACCCUGCUGACGCACCCGUGCUCGAUCCCAAACUCCUUGCGUCCCCGGUUGACCGAUCAGCGUUGUAUGAGAAUGUGCGGGAGACUGCGCGAGCCAUCCAGGCCGUCGAGGGUCUCAAUGCUGUUGAGUUUGGUGUGGAUGAUUCCCUCCGGGAUAACUGGUCGAAUGAGGCGAUCGAGGUCCGGGCGAAUCGGAGUGGUGGUAGCACGUAUCACUACUCAGGGACUUGUGCGAUGGGAGAAGUUGUGGACACUGAGUGUCGAGUCUAUCAGGCUGAGCGACUGAGGGUUGUAGACUCGGGCAUUAUUCCGCUCCCGUUGGCGGCGCAUUAUCAGGCGCCUACAUAUGGUGUUGCUGAACAGGCCGCAGACAUGAUUCUUUCCUCGGUAGCUUGA